AGCUUUGAAGAGGGAAGUUUUGCAGGGGCUCGGCUGGCAGUGCGUCGGCCGUUGGCGGACCCUGCGCGGGCUCGCGGGCGCGUCUCCGGGCUCCGGCGGGAUCCGAACCCGCGGCGCCGCUCCGCCGUGCGCCCCUCGGCCCCGCGCCGCCGGCUCGGCCGCGGCGCCCCCGACCGCAGACCGCGCGGCUGCCGCCUCCGGCGCGGCCGCGACCGCCCUCGGCGCGCGACAUGGACGUGCUGCCCAUGUGCGGCAUCUUCCAGGAGCUGCAGAUCGUGCACGAGACCGGCUACUUCUCGGCGCUGCCGUCGCUGGAGGAGUACUGGCAACAGACCUGCCUGGAGCUGGAACGUUACCUCCAGAGCGAACCCUGCUACGUGUCAGCCUCCGAAAUCAAGUUCGACAGCCAGGAAGAUCUGUGGACCAAAAUCAUCCUGGCUCGGGAGAAAAAGGAGGACCCGGACCUGAAGCUUUCCUCCAGUCCCCCCGAGGAUGCUCUGAACAGCCCCGGCUUUGCUUACAACCUGGACACCAACAGCCUGAACUCCGACGUGAGCAGCGAGUCCUCGGACAGCUCCGAGGAGCUUUCUCCCACCACUAAGUUUACCUCCGACCCCAUCGGCGACGUCUUAGUCAACUCGGGCACCCUGAGCAACUCUGUCACCUCCACGCCCCCGUCUUCUCCAGAACUGAGCAGGGAGCCUUCUCACCUGUGGGGCUGCGUGCCGGGCGAGCUGCAGCCCCCCGGGAAGCUGCGCAGUGGGACUGCGGGAAAGCCCGGUGACAAGGCCAGCGGGGACGCCUCCCCGGACGGCCGGAGGCGGGUGCACCGCUGCCACUUUAACGGCUGCAGGAAAGUUUACACCAAAAGCUCCCACUUGAAAGCACAUCAGCGCACUCACACAGGAGAGAAGCCUUACAGAUGCUCAUGGGAAGGGUGUGAGUGGCGUUUUGCAAGAAGCGAUGAGUUAACCAGACACUUCAGAAAGCACACUGGUGCCAAGCCUUUUAAAUGUUCUCACUGUGACAGGUGUUUCUCCAGGUCCGACCACCUGGCCCUGCACAUGAAGAGGCACCUGUGAGGGAGCAGAGCGGCGAAUCCUGCGGGCUAAAAGGCUUCCAGGCUGAGAGACAGCCGUGGAAGGAGGGUGCGCGUUCCAGCCAAAGCAUGCCAUUUUGCACCCCACCCAGUUGCCUCCAGGACCUCGACUUGCAAGGUCUUUCGAGGGCGAAAACGUCAUGUCAGAAGCGGCGGAGCACCCGCGGUGUGUGGUGUUUGGGUGGCCCUGGACUCGCCAUGGGUACCUGUCUUCCGAGUGGUCCCCAAGCCUUUGCCGUGAGCAUGUGCACUGAGAAUGUUACUGGUUGGGUUGACUGUCUGCGGAGGGUCUGUUCGUUACUGACUGUGUGAUGGGGGCAAAAGAGUCUUUUUCCCUUGCGGUGGCGAGACCGCAAGAGGCAGCGAGCGCGGAGUUUGAGUGUAGUGUGUGCGAGGAGCAUCCCACGAGAUGAGAUGACCACCGAUCAUUUCCUGGGGGGUGGGGAUCUGCGCCUUAGGGGGGUAAAAAGAAAAAGAUGUUAAAAAAAAAAAAAAAAGAAGAAGGGAAAACAUGGAGGGCGGGCGUGGGUGGUCAAGACCCCCGGUGUGGCGGAUGGGUGUGGGGAGGGAAGCCCCUUCCCCGUGUGAGAGAACUUUCCGUGUCUGGUGCAGCUACGAAAAAAAAAAAAAAAGUGCAAUGUGUCAAGUAGCUUGUUUACUUGCUACAACAGAGCUCAUUUGUUACCCGUCGUAUAAGCUGUGUAUUUACGAAUAUAACACAUUGAUAACUUUUCCUUAUAAGACAAAAAGUAAUGCAUGGUCUGGGGAACUAUCUGCUUUCCAUUCUUAAAUCAGGACUACAAUGUCGGUUCCAGUUACUGAGCAGCUAAGAUAGGAUUGGUCGAAUUCAGUGAUUCCCUAGCCGUCUGGGCCUGGCGAUACACAACUCUUCCCCACCUCCCCCUACCCCAGCGAUUUCACAACACUCCCCUUUCAGAAAGGCGUUGUGCAGCGUAGGGUUAUUUUUUAAAUGAUUCUGAAUUUGAAGUACCUUUUUGGAGAAUUUCCUGAUGCCCUUUGAAGACAUUGGGCAUAUGUUGGGUAUCAAGAAUGCUAGGGCUGGGAAUUGCUAGUCUAAUGUUGCAUUAGACUAAGAACCUAAAAUUUUUCUCCGUUGGGUGGAUAAAACCACUAAAGCUUAGAAACUGUUUUCUCAUGCAGCUAAGUUUCUCUUAUUUAUGCCUUGAGGACUAAUUUCUGGUUUUCUAGCUGUUAAUGCACUGUAGAUCUUAAUAAUGGUGCCUUAUGCAAGUGGCCCCUUCCGUGGGGGUCUCAUACAGGGGUUUGGGUGAUGCAUGCUUUAUUAAGGCUCUUUUCUCACCUGGCAUUGUACUGUAUCACUGUAUAAUACAGAAACAAAAAUCUCUUUAAAGUCCUCCUUCACAAAGACAAACAGAGAGAUGAAACUCCCCAAACAAGUCAGUAUUUACUCGAUAUUUUAGACAACUUGACUUCAGUGUUAAAGUGGAAAACACAUGAUAAUUAGGAAAUUGGACCAUUUCUGCCACCAUGAGACUUUCAUAUAGACUUUGCACAACAAUUGUAUAGAUCACACACCGGCUGUAUUGAAUAUGUAACAUUUUCACACAUAUUAAAGAUACAGAAGUAUAAAGAAACAAUGUUAACGUAUUUGCUUAAAAGGCACAAGCUCCACAUAUCUAUCUAGCUAUCUGUCGGUAAUACAGAAAGUAUAUUACUUUUUUUAAAAAAGUGGGCGGAAUUCUUGUGUAUGUAUAUGUGUGUGUAUAGUGUGUGUAUGUGUGUGUGUAUGUGUGUGUAUGUGUGUGUAUAUAUAUACAUAUAUAUAGAUAAUAUAUAAAUAUUUUUUUAAGGAGAAAUGAGAAUGUUUAGAUAGAAAAUUCCACAGCCUGUGAAGAAAUAUUUCAGAAUGGCCAUAAAGGAGGUAAAAGUUAAAACCGUAACUUUUAUAAAGGCUUUAUCUGUAAUUUAAUGAUUUGCUACAGAUCCUUGGCAUCCAAUCUAUUUCAGACUGCUGACUUUGCUCAUCGUUAUUGGCAGGUCCAGAAUAAGGGACCUUCGGCCCUUUGAAAGUGGCACGGAGGGAACCCUAGCCCACUAAUUGGUCUCAGACACACUAAGGGUUUGAUUUUGAAUUUCAGCCUUAUUAGAACAUCUACCCUAAGAGGAAGGGAAUCACAGGGAGUCUUUUUUAGAAUACUUUUUAUGCAGAUGAAGCUAUUUUUUCCAGCACAUAGAUUCUUCCAGUUUUUCCAACAAGUAAUUUCCCCGAAUUGGCGUACCACAGCAUGGACAGCUGCUAGGUCAUCCAGCUGCUGGCUUGUGGGUGUGGAUCUUUUCUUUAUAUAUAUAUGUAUAUAUAUAUAUAUAUAUAUACACAUAUGAGUCUGGCUGGGCUGGUAUUUUGUUUGAUCUUCCUGGAAAUGAGCAAUGAGGAAAGCUCACAUAACUGGUUUUUUUUUUUGUUGUUUUUUUUUUUUUAAUCUGGGCUGAUGGAUACACUUACCUGAAGAGCUCAUUUCAUUUUGCUGAGGGGAAAAUGCACUUUUCUUUUGGCAACUCCAAAUCCAGGCACUUGGUUUGCUGGGUUUGGGGAAACCCCUUUUUUGGCCCUGCUGUGUUACUUAGCCAUAACAAUUCCAUUAAGCAAGAAGGUAAACAAAAGACAAAAAAGGAAAAAAAAAAAAACAAACCGAAACCCACAACAACUUGCACUGGCUUGUCUCCCUUACGAAACACCAUGAAGUUGUGAGGCUGGUGCCAUGUUGUCAACGCCUGUAAUUUUCAUAAUAAGCAAGGACAUAAAGAAUCACAUUCUGUUCAGGUGAUAACUGAGCCUCAAUCAAGCAGAAACUUUUUGCUUGACGUUAAAAAAAAAUUUCUAUUAGUGAAAUUUCUUUUUUUUUUUUUGAAGCACCCUGUUAGCUAAAGAAUCUUUGUAAGAUUUUUGUAAAAUUUUGUUUUACAAGAUUUUAUUUGAAAUUGUUUUUUGCAAGAUUGUUAUAUUUCUGUAUGAAUGUAUUUUUUAUUGGAAUAACAUAAAAGAAUUCUUAUCAGCA